UUACUUACUACUACAAACUCGCACCUAUACAUCAAAUCCAUGUAAGCAGAACCCAUAGAUCCAUCUCUCUAUCUGCGGUAUGAAGUUGAACAUUGCCAACCCAGCCACUGGCUGUCAAAAAUUGAUUGAAAUCGAAGAUGAACGUCGUCUUCGUGGCUUCUAUGAUAAGCGUAUGGCCCAAGAAGUCUCUGGUGACUCUCUCGGUGACGAAUUCAAGGGUUACGUUUUCCGUAUCACUGGUGGUAACGACAAGCAAGGUUUCCCCAUGAAGCAAGGUGUUCUCUUGCCUCACCGUGUCAAGCUCUUGAUGUCCAAGGGUCACUCUUGCUACCGUCCUCGCCGUACCGGUGAACGUAAGAGAAAGUCUGUCCGUGGUUGUAUUGUUGGUUCUGACCUCUCUGUCUUGUCUCUCGUUGUCGUCAAGCAAGGUGAACAAGACAUUCCUGGUUUGACUGAUGCUACUGUUCCUAAGCGUUUGGGUCCUAAGCGUGCUUCCAAGAUCAGAAAGUUCUUUAACUUGAGCAAGGAAGAUGAUGUCCGCAAGUACGUUAUCCGUCGUGAAGUUCAACCCAAGGCUGAAGGUAAGAAGGCUUACACCAAGGCCCCCAAGAUCCAACGUCUUGUUACUCCUCUUACCCUUCAACGCAAGAGACACAGACAAGCUCUUAAGCGUAGAAGAGCCGAAGCUUCUCGUGAAGCUGAAGCUGAAUACAAGCAAUUGCUUGCUAAACGUGUCAAGGAAUCCAAGCAAGAAAAGAUUGAACGUCGUCGUACUUCUUCUAUGCAAAAGUCUGCUUCUGCUUAAAUAACACUCUCAAUCACUCGUCACUUUUUACCACUUUAUUAAAACAAAAAGUUUUGAAUAUCAUUGCAUUCGAAAGAAGAAGGUCUUUAUUUCAAGGGAAUGUAUACUUUAAUCUACGAUACGCUUCCAGUUUCAUAUGGAUCUUAUCAAUGCAUUGUAGUGCUUUGUUUUUUAACAGGGUUUGGCCACCUAAAUACAUUAGUGAUACAUAGAUACGAUAAGAUGUUCAUUUUACCUGCAGCAAUUGUCGUGUUCCAUUGAAGUUGUUCUUCAUUCAUAGGUGCCACUCGAGUAGCUAAUUCUUUGCUGAUAUUAAGUUUUAUAAAUGUAUUAUGUAGCUGGUUGAAUCCUUUGAGUUGCUAUAAGGUCAUGUUAGACUUUUGU